CGGGCGUCCAGAGAGGUCUAAUCGGCUGCUGCUGUCCCGCCCUGCUCCUGCUCCUCCCGGCUCUGCCAGGCCGCUUGCUUUUCCCGGUUCUCACCAGAGAGGCACACGCGCUCCGUCCCUUCCCUCGGCAGGCGGAGGGAAGAGAAGGGUCUGUUGUUUUUCUCUCUUCCUUUCUGCGGCUCACCGGGCUGCUGACCGGCUCAGACAGCCCGGAUGGAAAUCCUCGGUGGCUGAGCAGGCCCCUCCUCCUCCAGGGACCGCGUCCUUGGCUAAUUUGUCUUUGUCCGGACAGGGGGAAAGAGGGAGAGAGAGAAGGAAAAGAAAAACCACAAACUUCCUUUGAAAGCCAGUUUGUAGGCAGGGCCUGGAGCUGGAGCGCACGCCGGAGGCUCGGUGAAUCGGGAAUCCUGAAGACUCUGGGAAGCCGGGGGACCGCCGAGGCUUGUCCUCGCCCCCUUGUCCUCACCUUGCUUGUCCUCGCCCCCGACCCUGCUCCGGCAGCCCCGGGGUUGGGCGUGAGUCCGGAAGUGGCUGCGACCCAGGCUGGAAGCUGCGACUGUAAACCAGUGUCAAGCCGUGUAAGCUCCGGGGCUGACAGCUGGGAGGCAGCUGACGCAUUCGGCGCCCCUCAACGACGUCCCCACCUCCCGCGUAGAACCGCCAGAGUUGAGUCUUCUCCCAGGGCCGGAACCUCAUCCACCUCUUUGAGGGAAGAAGACAGUUGCACCAGUAUCUUCCAUCCUUUCCAAGCCUGGAAACCCACAUCCAGUUAGCCCCAUCUGGUCACAGCAAGUCGGAGGUGAAAUGAGCUAUAUCCUGUUUAUACACACCGAGAAAAACUUAAUCUGGAGCCAGAGUGGCCUACACUGUUCACUUUGACUUUUCUCUUUCCCUUGGCUUUGUAAUUCAAUGACCUUGUAGGCCAGGUUUCUCUUCUGCACACUAGAAUAGCCCUAGGCAAGGUCUCUGAGGUCACAGAACACUUCCUUUCCCUCAGCUGACUCUAUACCCAUUAUGGAGCAACCUCAGGCUGAGUGCCCAGCCCCUGGUAUGGCCAAUAGUGCCGAACAUGUUGAAUCUGAAAAACAUGAGACCCUGUCUGGACCAGAGAAGCAUCCUCAGGACAAGGACAGUGCAGAUGCUGAUGGGGCAGCUGGAGAACAGGAGCCAGGAGACCAAACUUUGCCACCAGUCCAGGAUGGGGAAAAUCUUGAGUGUCCUCCUCCUGAAACUAGCUCAAGUCCUCCUGGGCCAGCUUGUGAGACAUCACCUAAGGUAGAGACAACUGAGAUGUGUUCCAGGCCACAGGAGCUUCCCCAGUCCCCCAGAAUCCAACAGCCUGAGCUAGAUUUCUACUGUGUCAAGUGGAUCCCCUGGAAGGGAGAACAGACCCCCAUCAUCAUGCAGAGCAGCAAUGGUCCUUGUCCUCUCCUGGCCAUCAUGAACAUCCUCUUUCUUCAGUGGAAGGUGAAGCUGCCCCCUCAGAAGGAAGUGAUCACAUCAGAUGAGCUCCUGACACAUCUUGGAAACUGCCUUCUGUCCAUCAAGCCCCAAGAGAAGUCUGAGGGCCUUCAACUUAACUUUCAGCAGAAUGUGGAUGAUGCAAUGACGGUGCUCCCUAAACUGGCCACAGGUCUGGACGUCAAUGUGCGCUUCACGGGCGUCUCCGACUUUGAGUAUACGCCGGAAUGCAGCAUCUUUGACUUGCUAGGGAUACCUCUAUACCAUGGCUGGCUUGUGGAUCCACAGAGCCCUGAGGCCGUGAGUGCUGUUGGGAAACUGAGUUACAACCAGCUGGUAGAGAAGGUCAUCACCUGUAAACACUCUAGUGACUCCAACCUCGUGACAGAAGGCUUGAUUGCGGAGCAGUUCCUGGAGACCACUGCAGCACAGCUGACCUACCAUGGCCUGUGCGAGCUCACAGCAACUGCUAAGGAGGAUGAACUUAGUGUCUUUUUUCGAAACAACCACUUUAGCACGAUGACUAAGCACAAGAGUCACCUGUACCUACUGGUCACUGACCAAGGCUUUCUACAGGAGGAGCAGGUGGUGUGGGAGAGCUUGCAUAAUGUGGAUGGUGACAGCUGCUUUUGUGACUCUGACUUCCACCUAAGUCAUUCCCUAGGCAAAAGCCCUGGAGCAGAAGGUGGGAGUGGCUCUCCAGAGAAGCAGCUGCAGGUGGACCAGGACUACCUUAUCGCGUUAUCCCUGCAGCAGCAGCAGCAGCCACAAGGCAUGCUGGGUCUCAGCGACCUGGAACUGGCCCAACAGCUUCAACAAGAAGAGUAUCAACAUCAGCAAGCAGCUCAACCUGUGCGAACACAGGCGCCUUCGCCCCAGGGGAGAGGAGCCACGUCUGGACGCCCAGCUGGAGAGCGGCGGCAGAGGUCGAAGGCUGAGUCAGACUGUGUUCUGCUCUGACUCCGCCCCAUACAGCCAGCUCCUUCUCUCAGAAGCUGUGACUCCCAGGACCCCCACCCCACAGGAUACAGGAUAACCUAGAUGCACUGCUGGGGAUCAGAACACACAGUAGGUGCCAAGGUCAGACCUGGUACCAUCUUUGCCCUGUAUUGCUAUCUUCUCUUCCUCUCAUCCAGGACCACGUAGGUGUGGGUUGGGUGAAGAUCUCUGGGGCCCAACCCCCUUUCCCGGAAUAGUCACCUGGAUACACAGACCCAGGCUGCUAAUCGAGGCACCUCUCUAGAAAGCAUCUCUCCUGUGGUUGCUCCUGGGCUACCCCACAGGCCUGUCUUUGUUUUAGGGUUUGGUCUGGGUUUCUAUCUUUAUUAUUUUUAAUGCCUUCCUAGGGGUUUGGAAAUAAAACUUCUUUCCUGAGA